GAUCCAGGCUGGAGUCGCGAACGGCGGGUCUGAGCGCUGGCGCUGCCCGGACGCCGCGGGGUCCCAGCCAGCCCAGGGCACUCGGCGCGGGGAUCUGCCCCUCUCGCUCUCCCUUCCCGAUGCCGCCGCCCGGCUGCUGAUUGCCGCACCACCUGCCCUCGUCGGCGUGGGGCCGUGAAGGUCCCUGCAGAGGCAGGAAGCCUCCCUUGGAAAGCAGGGAUGGAGGUAAAUUGUUUAACACUAAAAGACCUGAUCAGCCCCAGGCAGCCCAGACUAGAUUUUGCAAUUGAAGAUGGGGAAAAUGCACAAAAGGAAAAUAUAUUUGUUGAUCGGUCAAGGAUGGCUCCGAAGACGCCAAUAAAAAAUGAACCAAUUGAUUUAUCAAAGCAAAAAAAAUUUACUCCAGAAAGAAAUCCCAUUACUCCAGUUAAGCUAGUUGACAGACAGCAAGCGGAACCAUGGACACCGACAGCUAACCUGAAGAUGCUCAUUAGUGCUGCCAGCCCAGAUAUAAGGGACCGGGAGAAGAAAAAGGGACUAUUCCGACGCAUUGAAAACAAGGAUGAUGUAUUUACAGAUUCUCUACAGCUUGAUGUUGUUGGGGACAGUGCUGUGGACGAAUUUGAAAAGCAAAGGCCAAGCAGAAAACAGAAAAGUUUAGGACUCCUGUGCCAGAAGUUUCUAGCUCGCUAUCCAAGUUAUCCCUUGUCAACUGAGAAAACUACCAUCUCCCUAGAUGAAGUUGCUGUCAGUCUUGGUGUGGAAAGGAGACGCAUCUACGACAUUGUAAAUGUGCUGGAGUCGCUGCAUCUGGUCAGCCGGGUGGCUAAGAAUCAGUAUGGCUGGCAUGGACGGCACAGCCUGCCGAAAACCCUGAGGAACCUCCAGAGACUAGGAGAAGAGCAGAAAUAUGAAGAGCAGAUGGCCUAUCUCCAACAGAAAGAGCUGGACCUGAUGGAUUAUAAAUUUGGAGAACGUAAAAAAGAUGGUGAUCCGGAUUCGCAGGAACAACAGUUACUGGAUUUCUCUGAACCUGACUAUCCCUCCUCAUCGGCAAACAGUAGAAAAGACAAGUCUCUGAGAAUUAUGAGCCAGAAGUUUGUCAUGCUGUUCCUCGUCUCCAAAACCAAGAUUGUCACUCUGGACGUGGCUGCCAAAAUACUGAUAGAAGAAAGCCAAGAUACCCCGGACCAUAGUAAAUUUAAAACAAAGGUACGACGCCUCUAUGACAUAGCCAAUGUUCUGACCAGCUUGGCUCUGAUAAAGAAAGUACAUGUAACAGAAGAGCGAGGCCGUAAACCAGCCUUCAAAUGGAUCGGGCCGGUGGACUUCAGCUCAAGUGAUGAAGAACUGGGGGAUGUUUCUGCAUCUGUCUUACCAGAAUUGAAAAGAGAAACAUAUGGCCAGAUUCAAGUCUGUGCAAAACAGAAGCUGGCUCGCCAUAGUUCUUUUAACACAGUUCAGGCUUCUGAGAGGAUCCAGAGGAAGGUGAACUCAGAACCCAGCAGCCCAUACAGAGAAGAACAAGGAUCAGGUGGCUUCUCUUUAGAAAUUGGAAGCCUGGCAGCUGUCUAUAGACAGAAAAUAGAAGACAAUUCACAGGGAAAAGCCUUUGCCAGCAAGAGAGUGGUGCCUCCAUCAAGUGGCUUGGACCCUGUUGCUCCUUGCCCUGUCCUCUCUGUUGACUCAGAAUAUUGUGUUAAUCCUUUAGCCCACCCAGUAUUUUCAGUUGCUCAGACAGACCUGCAGGCAUUCUCCGUACAGAACGGUCUGAAUGGACAAGUAGACAUCUCACUCACUUCUGCAGCCUCUGCUGUGGAGAGCUUGAAGCCAGCUCUCCUUGCUGGCCAGCCUCUAGUGUAUGUGCCCUCUGCCUCACUGUUCAUGCUGUAUGGAAGUCUGCAGGAGGGAACAGUGUCGGGGUCAGGAUCAGAGAGAGAUGGCAGAAGCUCAGAAGACCCAGCCACAGUAGAGCUGUCAUCCGCACCCUCAGCUCAGAAGCGCCUCUCCGAGGAGAGGAAGCCUCAGGAGGAGGAGGAGCCAGCCACAAAAAGGCAAAGCAGGGAAUACGAAGAUGGCCCGCUGUCGCUCGUCAUGCCCAAGAAACCCUCAGAUUCCAUGGACCUUGCCUCUCCCAAGACUAUGGGUAACAGAGCGUCUGUACCCCUCAAAGACAUUCAUGUGAAUGGCCAACUCCCUGCUACAGAAGAGAUUUUAGGAAAGGCAACAGCAAACGGUUGUGUUUCUUCUGAGUGGGGAAAUCCUUCAAGAAAUACAGAUGUUGAAAAGCCUUCAAAAGAAAAUGAAAGCACCAAAGAGCCUUCUUUGCUACAGUAUCUUUGUGUGCAGUCUCCCACAGGAUUAAAUGGUUUCAAUGUACUUUUAUCUGGCAGCCAAACCCCCCCUACUGUGGGCCCAUCCUCAGGUCAGCUGCCGUCUCUCAGUGUCCCUUGCAUGGUCUUACCCUCUCCGUCUCUGGGCCCUUUUCCUGUUCUCUAUUCUCCUGCAAUACCGGGCCCGGUUUCUUCUUCUCCUGGUGCUCUCCCAAACACAGGACCUGUGAAUUUCAGCUUGCCUGGCCUUGGAUCAGUAGCCCAUCUUCUCGUCGGCCCCACAGCUGUGGUUAAUCCAAAGUCAUCCACACUCCCUUCUGCAGACCCUCAGCUUCAGGGUCAGCCCUCACUAAACCUGAGUCCAGUGAUGUCACGGUCACACAAUGUCGUCCAACCUGAGUCCCCCAUUUACGUGGGACAUCCAGUCUCAGUAGUAAAAUUACAACAGUCACCAGUUCCAGUGACCCCCAAGAGCAUCCAACACACACAUCGUGAGACAUUUUUCAAGACACCUGGCAGCCUUGGAGACCCUAUCCUGAAGAGAAGAGAAAGGAACCAGUCACGAAACACCAGCUCAGCCCAGAGAAGACUAGAAAUCCCCAGCGGCGGGGCCGACUAACCUGCCACUUUGCCAGGUGCGGUGGGAUCAAACGCCCUGAGAGUCCUUGAUGUCCGAGGUGGAGUGCAAACCAUCCUGUCAUGAGCACAUGUCCUUCUUCUCACUUUCAUCCACACUUCUGUUAACUUCCCAUCAUCAUGAAUCAUCCAUUUUCCUGAAAGUAAUUAAUUGUGCAUUUAAUACCAGUUAGAGUUCAGACUCUGCAUGGUGUCAUAGUGGAAGCACCGAUUGACUUAUGGUUUUGAUUCAAGAAUCAUCUUAUUGCUGGAAGGAGAUCUGAAUAGGCUACUGGAGCCUUGCGGUUUUUCUAAAGGGGGCUGCUGUCUAGC